AAAUUUUUAGAUCCGCCACCAAUUUUACCAAUCACCAAUUCACCACUCGUCAAACUGCCUUUUCUCCUCCAUAUUCACUCCCCACCAUCGUCACCGACCCUUCCUGCAGCGACACUGCCGCCCUCUCUCUCUCUACCACUACCAUGCUAAUAUUUGAAUUUUAAAUGACAAAUUCAACUGGAUGCUCUAAUUUGGUCAUGUAAAGCUCAAUUGAUCUCUGAAAAGUCUGUCUGAUUCAAAAUCUUGUGCAAACUCCAAAGCGUAACAAUACAAAGCAAACACCCCUCAGAAUUCUCAUUUGCUCCGUUGGUUACUCUAUUAAUUGUUUAUGCUACUUCUUGUAGUUCCACUUAAGUCUUUGAAUUAUUUUCUUUAAUGGAAGGAAUAUGUGAUAGCAACUUUGAGUCUCUGUCAGCUGGCAUUUAUGAGUUGCCUGGAGAACCAGCAGUGGUGAUUAACGGUGUUCCUGAUUUAUCUGUGGAGGAUGGGAAUAUAAAUCAAGGCACCGAUCCAGCAGAGGGAACUCCAAGGACAGUAAAACUCGACAAAUCUGCUUCUGGUGUCAGUAAGCCUAGAUAUACAGGUUUUGGUGAAUGGCUAGAGGGAAGAAAAGUGCAAAAAUUGUUUGAUCAGAAAUAUUAUUUGGGUAAAGUGACUGAAUUUGAUAAAGAAACCGGCUGGUACAGAGUUGUCUACGAGGAUGGUGAUUUUGAAGAUCUUGAGUGGCAUGAGUUGCAGGAGGUUCUUCAGCCAUUAGACAUAACCAUGCCUCUGAAAUCAUUAGCAUUGAAGAUCAUUCACAAAAAUCGAAAAUCAGAGCCUGGAGUUGAGACAAAUGCUGUUCCUGAGAGAAAGAGUGGUGGUAAAACUCGAGGUCGUAGAGGUAAGCCCUCGUCAAGGAAUUUCGUUGGCAGAGGUUAAUGGAUGUGUUGCGGGCUGAUGGGCAAAAAGACAGCAAUUGGCUUAAUUUGGACUUGCCUGAGUUGUGAACAUAUAGGCCUGUUUAGAAGUUCAGAACAUCUAGUUACCUUUUGAAUAUGCUAUUGUACAAUUGGGUGGGAAACUAUAUCAGACACUCAAAUUUGCUCUGCAAUGCAAGAGGGCUGAAUUAAGGCCAAGGAAGGGGGAGGUCCAGUAUUUUUUUCAAGGUGUACACGCCUACCACCCACGUCUUGUAGAUGUAGCUUCCUCUUUAUUAUUGGAAACUUGGCGUUGUGUACUGCUUUUAUGUUGAGCCUUGUUUUGGUUCUCCAUGUGUUUUAAUCCGCCUCUUUGCAUAUAGUAAUGAUUUUUGUAUUGCAACAGUGUAUCAAGUUUGACGAAUCCCAAAAAUUAGAUUGUUUGCACUCAAAA